AUGGCUAUUAUUGUUAUGUUUUCUCCAAAUACUGAGGAAGCUGAGGAAGCUGCCGGGGAAGAACUCAUCAGUGGUCCAAGGAAGUUCUGUCAUCCACAUCAGCUGAGGAAGCUGCCGGGGAAGAACUCAUCAGUGGUCCAAGGAAUUGGAUGCACAGUGAUGAUCAGUGUAACCAUAGUGAUUCCUGUGUUCAUGAUUAUCGUUGGCUCCCUCAAGAUGGAUGAGUGCCCUGCAGAGCCUUAUAUUCCCAUAUAUCUCGUUGUUGGAGGUACCUUUGGUGUACUGAAAAACUUGCUGGGCUUCCAAGGAAGGUUGCGACGUCCCCUCGCUGAAGAAGAAGGAGGAGACUCAUCAGAUGCUUCCACUCCCUGGCAUCGCAGGCUAAAGUUCACUGGUUCCAUUAACUUCUUCCUCUCAGUUUGGUUUAUUUUAGGCUGUGUGUGGGUUUACCGCAUCUAUGAGCCCAGUUACACGCCAAGUGAUCGAUUAUACUGUGACUACAGUCUGUACCAGUUUGCCUUCUGGCUGGUAACCUCAGUCUAUAUUGCUGUUGGUUUGUUGACUUCCUGCAUGUGCUGCCUUUCUGUGGCUACUGUUGUCAUGAAGCACAAUCACAUGACUGAAGUACAGGUUUGAGUUUCACUGUGAUUAUUGUGUCCAUAAGAAAUAAGGGGUGAAUAUAGGGUGAUUGUAUUGCUGGCCUGCUUAUUAUUUUAUAAGAUUAUUUUAA